AGUAUCCCGCGGAGUCAAAAUUAUAAACUGUAAAUUUGGGACAUCUCUUCUUUAAGAACCAAACAAAAAAAAAAUAAUUAAAAAAAAAAAGAAGUAGUAUGAUUGAAACAACGUUUUCUAACUAACUUGUGUUCUAGUUCUAUUGAAGGGUUUUAACUAUCAGCUCAUAUCGAGGGAUUCUAUAUCUACAACAUGUCUACCAAUUCCAUCAAAUUGUUGGCCAGCGAUGUGCAUCGUGGUCUUGCUGAUUUAGUCGCAAAAAGAUUAGGACUUAGAAUUACCCCAUCAGAGUUGAAAAGAGAUUCAACUGGGGAAGUACAAUUUUCUAUUGGUGAAUCGGUUAGAGAUGAAGAUAUCUUCAUUAUUUGUCAAAUAGGAUCUGGUGUUGUCAAUGAUCGUGUAAUUGAAUUAUUGAUUAUGAUAAAUGCUUGUAGAACAGCCAGUGCAAGAAGAAUAACGGUCAUAUUACCAAAUUUCCCAUAUGCUAGACAAGAUAGAAAGGAUAAAUCAAGAGCUCCUAUUACCGCCAAGUUGAUGGCUGAUAUGUUAACUACUGCUGGAUGUAAUCAUGUUAUUACUAUGGACUUACAUGCUUCACAAAUUCAAGGUUUCUUUGAUGUUCCAGUUGAUAAUUUAUAUGCUGAACCUAGUGUUGUGAGAUAUAUCAAAGAAAAAAUCAAUUAUCAGGAUGCCAUUAUCAUUUCUCCUGAUGCCGGUGGUGCCAAAAGAGCAGCUGGAUUGGCUGAUAGACUUGAUUUAAAUUUUGCAUUGAUCCAUAAAGAAAGAGCCAGAGCCAAUGAAGUAUCUAGAAUGGUAUUAGUCGGGGAUGUUUCUGAUAAAAUCUGUAUUAUUGUCGAUGAUAUGGCUGAUACUUGUGGUACUUUAGCCAAGGCUGCUGAAGUUCUUUUAGACAAUGGUGCCAAAGAAGUUAUAGCUGUUGUAACACACGGUAUUUUAUCGGGUAAUGCUAUUAACAAUAUCAAUAACUCUAAAUUAAAGAAAGUGAUAUGUACCAAUACUGUUCCAUUUGAAGAAAAGUUACAAUUAUGUCCAAAAUUAGACACUAUUGAUGUGUCAGCUGUGUUGGCUGAAUCUAUUAGAAGAUUACAUAAUGGUGAAAGUAUAUCAUAUUUAUUUAAGAAUGCUCCUUUAUAGUACGAAUA